CGCGAUUUGAAAUUUUUUUAAUGGUAUGGAAAAGCAUUUCGCGUCGUUGAAAUUACUAGAUACCGAUACUGAUUGGAAAUUAACAGAAGCCGUCAGCUAUUCCAACUUGCCAUCCUCACAUCGAAUGGCGGUAAAACAAAUCUAUCAAUCUGAUAGUAAGUUUAACUUGGUUAGACAGUACAGCUGUGAGGAAAGUUUCGACCAAGAUGCAAACGCAAGACAAUUACAGGUGUCGGAAAUUUUACAGACCGACGACGAUAAGUACAACACCGAGUGUCAGAUGACAAACUCUUAUUCCGAUUCGUUUUGGCGAUUCAGUACAAGUAACGGUAUAUUAAAAGCAGCUAAAUUUCUGCCAAACAAAGCAUCGAACGAAGUGGGACAGGAUAAAGUUGAAAAUAUAAGUGCUGUAAACGAAUCUAAAUUUUCGCUGCCUUGUACUGUGGCAAAUGCAGAUGUAGAAAAUAAAACUAAUCGCGUAUCUUUUGCCGAAUCUAGAAACUCGGGAAAAGCAAAUACCGAAAUAAAACGAACCGAUACUACAAAAGAGAAAGAGAAAAAUGAAAACACUUACAAAGAUUUAAAGAAAAGGUUCAGACCACUGAUAGUAAAAAAGAAAAAUCCUACAAAUAAGAAGAUGAACGUGUAUUACUGCAGCUGUUUAACCGUAUGCAUAAUACCGGCAAUAGUUGUAAUGUUUGCAUUGUUUUUCAAUUUGGAUCAAACAGAAAGAAUCUGUAAUUGUGAGACACUUUUGUCAAAUGCCAGUCUUGAAUUGCAACAGAAGAUACACGGACAAGAAAAGGCAAUUUCACGCAUUAUUCGGUACUUUGAUGAAAAUUAUUCCCACCUGAAAGUUCUAUGCAUCAUAGGUGGAACAGGUGUUGGGAAAUCUUACACUGCCAAAAUUAUAACCAAACAUUUUCCCCUGAAAAAUGACAUUUUCAUAUACGAUGCAGUGCUCGAUCGUUCUGUAGACCUAGCUGCACAGAGUUCACUGGGUCUACAACAGUUACUCGUUGUAGAAAAUUUAAAACUGAAACACUUGAACAUCUUUAGCGAUAUAAUAGAUGUCUUAAGAAAGACAAAAGAUAAAUGUGUGACAGUAGUUGCAAUUUUCAACGUAGAAGAAGUGAAUAGUUCUCUAGAAAGGAAGGUAGAUCUGGUACAAAGUGAAAAUGCGAUUCUCCAAGCAAUGGCUGAUAAAAAAAUUGAUUUGUCGAUUGUACCUUACGAACCUUUGAACGAAGAAGCAUUAGAAAUCUGUAUAACAGAAGCAGCAUUGACUAGUGGCUUAACACUCACAAGCGAUCAAGUAAAUGAAAUUAAACAAAGUUUAAUACUUUCUGGCAGUGGCUGUAAAAAAGCAUAUGCUAAAGUACAAGUUAUCCAUUGA